CUGAGGUAAUUUCCUGUUUGUGCUCCCGUUGAGUCGCUAGACGGAGGCCUAUCCGCGACACCAGCACCGCCGUAAAAUCACACACAGACCUUCGACGAGGGUGAGGGUUUAAAGCGCUAAACGCGUCGGAUAAACCCCGUGGGAUGUGUUUGAGCGUCCGUACUUGUGUUUUGGGCGCGUGAGGGGGAGUUUGUGAGGAUAAUCUGGCGGUUGGGUGUUGUUAUUUUUGGGGCAGCUGAGUGGUCAUUGGCAGAGUUCAGUACACACCAGCUCGCUAGAGGAAUAAACUCGCACUUAACACAUCUUAACGCGUUGUUUCCAACUGGCUAAAUGGACUUUUGAGGAUUUUACACAGUAUUUUACCUACCCGACCCAGGAAAACACGAGUGGAGGUGUGAUCAGCUCUGUUGUACCAAACGCCCGCUUGACCCGAGACUUGGCACUCCCCCUCCCCCAGUCUCCCUGCCCUGUGCCCCACACAGCCCUUAACCCAGUAUGAACGAGGUCAGCAUCGUCAGGGAGGGCUGGCUCCACAAAAGAGGUGAAUAUAUUAAGACUUGGAGGCCCCGAUAUUUCAUCUUAAAGAGUGAUGGCUCUUUCAUUGGCUAUAAGGAGAAGCCGGACACGUCAGACCACAGUCAGCCGCCUCUAAACAACUUCUCAGUCGCCGAGUGUCAGCUGAUGAAGACUGAAAGACCUCGGCCGAAUACAUUUGUCAUCCGCUGCCUGCAGUGGACCACCGUUAUCGAGCGCACCUUCCAUGUGGACAGCAAUGCUGAGAGAGAGGAGUGGAUACGUGCCAUCCAGGCGGUGGCCAAUGGGCUUAAGUCCCAGGAAGAGGAGGAGCCAAUGGAAUUUGGUUCUCCUGGAGACAACAGCUUGGAAGGAAUUGAAGCCGCAAUCGCAAAGUCCCGCACCAAAGUGACAAUGAGUGAUUUUGACUACCUAAAACUGCUUGGUAAAGGCACGUUUGGGAAGGUGAUUCUGGUGAGGGAAAAGGCCACUGGCAUGUACUAUGCUAUGAAAAUCCUACGCAAGGAAGUCAUCAUCGCUAAGGAUGAAGUUGCACACACAAUCACAGAGAGCAGAGUCUUGCAGAGCACAAGGCACCCUUUCCUUACGACACUAAAAUAUGCCUUCCAAACCCGUGACCGGCUGUGUUUCGUCAUGGAGUAUGCGAAUGGUGGCGAGCUUUUUUUUCACCUGUCACGAGAGCGUGUGUUUACAGAAGACCGAGCUCGCUUCUAUGGUGCCGAAAUCGUUUCAGCGUUGGAAUAUCUACACUCUAAAGAUGUCGUCUACAGGGACUUAAAGCUGGAGAAUCUAAUGCUGGAUAAAGAUGGACACAUUAAAAUCACAGACUUUGGCCUGUGUAAAGAGGGCAUUACUAAUGAGGCCACCAUGAAGACGUUUUGUGGAACCCCAGAGUAUCUUGCCCCUGAGGUAUUAGAAGACAACGAUUACGGUCGUGCCGUAGAUUGGUGGGGUCUUGGAGUGGUCAUGUAUGAAAUGAUGUGCGGACGGCUGCCGUUCUAUAAUCAGGACCACGAGCGUCUGUUCGAGCUCAUUUUAAUGGAGGAGAUUCGUUUUCCCAGAAAUCUCUCGCCUGAGGCCAAAUCCCUGCUGGCUGGCCUGCUCAAGAAAGACCCUAAACAGAGGCUAGGUGGAAGUCCUGAUGAUGCCAAAGAAGUGAUGACACACAAGUUCUUCAGUUCCAUCAACUGGCAAGAUGUCCUUCAAAAGAAGCUCAUCCCACCUUUCAAGCCACAAGUGACCUCAGAGACGGACACGCGCUACUUUGACGACGAGUUCACUGCGCAGACCAUCACUGUCACGCCUCCUGACCAAUAUGACAGUCUCGAUGCAGAGGACCCAGACACACGCACACACUUCUCGCAGUUCUCCUACUCAGCCAGCGUGCGGGAGUGAUCAUCCUCUCCUACUCUCUCACCCUUACCAGCAAAGCAGACGCCCCUCCCAUACACACAAAAAAGGACACAUGCACCAGCAGCCCGGCCUUCUAAAGGAGCGGCUUCUAGGCAGGACUACAGCAUCUGUGAGCGGUCCUGUACAGGUGGUACCUUCUGGCCAGUCCUGGUUUCUGAUUGGCUUUACAACACGCCAGUCAUAGCCUGAACUACACACUGCAACACAAUCUACCGAAUAAAUAAAAAAAACAUCCAAACAAUCAGGUACCAAGAAGAGAACGGUUCGCUACCAGCAGGUUUCAGGACACGCACACUCUCAGAACACUGCACUACAGGACAAAAACCCUCAACUGUUCCACACACUAAAUCAGCUCAUGGGAACUGGUGAAAACGAAUCAUACGGAUGUUUUCCCACAGAUGGUCACAGUUUUAAAGCCAUACUUCCGCAAUCGUACAAGUGCUCUUUCUGGAUCUAGCAGUUACCAAUAGUGUCAACUGUUUUUACUGCAGGAGUUCUGAUGGUGGGUAACACAGAGAGGAUAAAGUGCUGUUUAGCUCCCCGGGCGGCACGUGGACUGCUGGGCGUGCGUGUGAAUCUGCUUGAAUGGGUGAAUGGAUGCGUGUUCUUUAUCUCCAUCUUAAACAGUGUCUUUUCGUGUUUUGUACAUGGGCAUAGGGAGUAGAACAAGGGGUGGGAUCGAUCAUGGUUUCAUGGGGGAACUCGCACACUAUAGAAGUGAUAACAUUUGUGUUUUAAAGGGAAAAGAGAGAAAGACAGUUGGAGCUUGUAAAUAGGGAGGUCAAGGUUUCCUUCCCAAACCAGGCAUGUUCUGGAGGGGCAUUUUCCAGUUUUAAUCCGCUUCCCCAGGGGUCUGUUUGUUUCAAGAUUAGCGUAACAUACAAACCGGCAAUCAUGUUAUCAUCAUCCCCUCUACAGUUUCGCAGGCAUUGAUUCUGAGAUUUGAACGCCCUGUUAUUUAACCGCAAAAGCUACUGGGUUAGCACGCUGACCGUUGAGUAAUAAACCCACCUCCUAUUGCAAACUGGAAACCUGCAGCAUGUACCAGCGUGCUACACCAUAUUCAUCGCAGCCUUUUAAUUUCUCCAUUUUUCACUAGUGUAGUACAAAAUGUGUAGGAUGUUUGAGAGGCAAUGUUCAACUUCAUCUGCAGAUGUGUAAAGUUUGUGUCAUUCUUUGGACAGCAGCUGUCAGAACACACCGCUUCGUGUGAGUUGCUUUUCUUCAUUUGCCUUUUUAAAGCUGCUUUAUGUAUGCAACAUCAAACUGUUUUGUUUGUUUUGUUUUAUUCAUUAUUUUAUUGGAUCAUUAGUUUUUUUUGUUCUUCUUUUGUCCACUUCAACCUGAAAUAAAAUUGUCUUCAUAAAAUAUGAUAUAUAUAUAUAUAUAUAUAUAUAUAUAUAAUAUAUAUUGCAAUAAUAACUUUCGUUUCAUUUGUUCUUGGUUUAUACAUCCUUGUAUGUGUUUUGUGUGUGGUCUCGGUAUAUAUUUGCAACCAGAAAUGAAGUUUCCUUUCGUAUGGGAUAUGGCUGUUCUUGAAGCAUGAUAUAUUUAUUACCAUCCCUCCAUCGAAAAUGUUUUAACACUUAUGUAAAAAGCACCUCACUGGUUCAUCAGAAGGGCUGAAGCGAAGUGCUUCUGUAGGACUGACUUGAGAUUUGUUAGUUAAUCUGGUGAGUUGCAUACUCGGAUUUUGUGAUGAAUUUGUUGCCAAAAGUGUUGUCUAGGUAGGCAGCUCACUAGGUUUUGGGACAUGGCCCAAUUUGCCUUGACUGAGUAAGGCCGCUAUAGAUGAAACAUGGCCGCAUGAUAAAUAUAACAUUGCACCAGACAUGCGCCCUGUAGUUCACACAGUUCAUGAUGUUCAAAUAUAUUUUUGGACACGGUUUUUAAGGGGCAAAGAUCUUUAAAUGAUUUCACCAUUUUACCUUGUAUAUAUCUGUAGGACAAAUCAGCUUUAUGACAUUAUUUUGCAGCUUUAACCAUCGACUGUUCUGUUCCGAUUGUGAAGAACAAUAACGAAUGUCAUCGUUGAUGCUCAAUAUGCUUUUCUUAGUGAUGGGGAUGCAAACAAAUUGGGGGAGACAAAGUAUUUAGCAACUUCAGAGACAUUUGUUUGGCUACAAAGUGGUAUGGGUUAUGUUUUGCUAUUAGGACAUUCAUGCAAGUAAAUUCUUUUAACAAAAAACGUCUGUGUGUCUUACUCUACCCUACACCAAAAUGUACCCACCGGAUCCACUUCACAAUAGAACAUACAGCUUUCAUCCACCGGUGGGCAAACUUGGGCUAAGAAAUCCUGAUCUCUACAUUUAGCCAGUCAUCUUUGAAAACAUUCCUUUUUUUUACAUCUGGACACACACCAAUUUAUCAAGAUAUUGCUUUAAGAUAUUUUCAGUUAAGACAACUCAAACAUGACAUUUUAGGACUAGAUUCCACUUUGUAAUACUGGCCAAUAAAGUAUUACCUUUUAAAUCUUAUAUAAAGGUCUUACUGCUAUACAAGUGUUGAUGUGCCCUAACAACUUUAAAACACUUACGUAAACUUCCUUAUGUAGUGUUAAUAAAUGAGCCUGGGUUGUCCUGAAAGGCCAGCACUUUUUUUGUGGCUAAAUGUAAACAACCAGUUUUUAAUUUAUACAAAGUAGUAUUUUCCCUUAACCUAUGCUGAUUAAAAUCUGGCAUCAUUACUUUAUAUUGUUGUUUGUUUACUCCGCAGCUUGUACAAAAAGAUGGAGAUAAAGAUUUUUUCUGUAUGUGAUAUCAUUUAGGAUAUAUAAAAACAAAUUAAAAAUCAAACAUUGAAGUAGGAUUUGAACCCAUUUUCAACACUUAGGUUAGUUUGGAAAGGAAAUCAAGAUGAAGGCUGACACACAUCAUACAAUUUUGGAGACGAAAAAUCUUGUAUUGCUAUUAUAAACUCCUCAGAAACAAACUUUACUCGUUUUUAUUCAGUUAAUACACCGGAUAUCCAUGGCAACAGCCUAUCAGACAAUGUGGCAACAGGAUUGGUCAGGAGGUAGUUUAAAGGCAUAGCUUAAAGAAGUGUUAAUUAGUGGCACAGGUGUUUAUUAACUGUCAGUGUGCAGCUGCAGUUUCAGUGCGUGAAGGUAGCUACAGUUUCCACGAGAAUCAUGGCUCGAACUGGGUUUUGUGAUUCCAGGCAACUGUUGGACCUCCAUUUGGUGAGAAGAUCUAUAACAUUUAUAAUCUUAUUUUCUGCUUGUAAUAACAAUUUUCUCCACAAUUGCCAGCUACUAUUUUGCAAGACACAUGUCUCUAGCUGGGUAAAAGGACUAGGUUGAAUUGAAUGACCAUGUCCGAUUUUUAACUGUAUCUUUGUGUAGAUGCUUUAUUAACCGAUUGUUUAUGAAUAAUGUU